ACUUUGUUCGGUCAAUCAGAACCUCUCCCUAACGAAGUGCGUCUACUUGUCACCUUAACAACGGCUCAAGGGGGUCUGGGCAUGCCAGAUUUGAGAGCUGAGGUGCCACAACAGUUUGCUGCCUCGAAGUCAAUAACUACUGCGCACAUAGAUUCUUUCACAUCGCAGAGUACAUUUAUGACACCAGGCGAAAGCUCUACGGAGGAGCUUAAGAGACAUCAUCAGUCACUAAAGAGGGUGCAUCACAAAGAGAGAAUGGAGAGCAUUGACACAACUCUUUCCCUAGAUCUGCUGUGACUAGUUAAUCAAUCGAGAGACACUGAAGGGCGCAAAUUCUUGGUUAAAUGCGAUGCCUCUCGCAGAUCAGGGCUUAGCGCUUAACAAGCAGGAGUUCAGAGACUCGCUACGCUUACGGUAUAAUUUGCCUGUAGUCGAUCUACCAAGUCUAUGUGUGUGUGGGGAUAAAUUUACUGUAGGCCAUGCCCUCUUAUGUAAAAAGGGGGGGCUUUGUAGCGCAGAGACAUGAUGGUGUCCGUAAUUUAUCAACG